AUGACGUCCAAUAUCCUUCAGGUUCCAUUUCGGCACUCCCACGCCGUCUCCUUGUCCGAUGCGAUCACUCAAUACAUCUCGUCCAAAUAUGACCAGCGACCGGAUAUGUUCGCAGAUGAUCUCUUGAUCAUCGACCGUUUGCGAAAUGAGGCGAUCAAUGUCCAGGAGCCUCAUGUCAGUGGAAUCAGUCGACUGGUCACGUAUGCGGCGCAACUGAAAUGGCUGGGUGGGAAGUUUCCGGUCGAUGUGGGGGUGGAAUUUCCAUGGUAUCCUGCAUUUGGAUUCAAUACGACAAGACCUAUUUCACAGAAUAACCUUCGCUUUGAAUUGGUCAACAUCCUUUUCAAUCUGGCGGCGCUAUACUCCCAGCUAGCCUUUUCGGUUAACCGGACGACUUCCGACGGACUCAAGCAGGCAUGCAAUUACUUUUGCCAGUCUGCCGGGGUUCUCCUGCACCUACGAGCCGAUAUCCUGCCCGACCUGCGAACGUCCCCGCCCGAGGAUAUGGACGAAAUGACCCUGCAGAGUCUGGAGCAACUUCUUCUGGCCCAGGCACAGGAGUGCUUCUGGCAAAAGGCCGUCAAGGACGGUCUGAAGGAUGCAUCGAUCGCCCGGCUGGCGGCCAAGGUUUCUGACUUUUACGCCGAGGCCGGCGACUACGCGGUCAAGUCCAACGCGAUCAGCCCUGAGUGGAUCCACCACAUGACGGCCAAGCACCAUCACUUUGCAGCCGCGGCGCAAUACCGGCAGUCGCUGGACUGCCUGGAGAAGCGGAAGUACGGCGAGGAAGUGGCGCGCCUGCGGGAUAGCGAGGCGUGCGUCAACGAGGCGCUCAAGGAGUCUCGCUGGAUAAACCGGGCCGUGCUGGGGGAUCUCAAUGGGCUGAAGAGCCGUGUGUCGGAGGACCUUAAGCGGGCGACCAAGGACAAUGAUAUCAUCUAUCUCAACCCUGUGCCUCCAAAGUCGGAGCUCAAGAUCAUCGACCGGGCGUGUAUGGUUGCGGCCAAGGCGCCAUCUCAGGUGACGGACGCGAUAUCCAUGCUGGGGGAGAACGGGCCCUUGGGGCAGCCGCUGUUUGCCAAACUGGUGCCAUAUGCAGUUCACAUUGCGGCCAGUAUCUACUCGGACCGCCGCGACCGCCUGGUCAACGAGAAAAUUAUUGGGGAAUUGGAGACCAUGACGGACAAACUACGGGACUUGCUAUCAUCGCUGAACUUGCCAGGAUCUUUGCAGGCGCUUGAGAAGCCCCUUGGACUGCCUCCCACGCUGGUAGCUCACGCCGAGGAGAUGCGACAGCAGGACGGGUUGCACCGGCUGCGGAGGUCGCUUGAAGAUAUAGCCAAGGUCAAGGCCAACGACAAGGCGGUCUACAAUGAAGGCGUUGAGCUGCUGGCGGCCGAACAGGCGGAGGAUGAUGCUUCACGGCGGAAAUACGGGACCGAUCGAUGGACCCGGCAGACGUCCGAGGCGGCGGCGCCGAAACUGUACACCACGUCAAGCGAGAUCCGCGGGUACUUUACGUCGGCGCAAAGCAGCGACAAUCUCGUGGAGCAGAAGCUACGGGACUCGGAGGCGGUCUUUCGGAUACUCACAGGCACCAAUCGCGACCUGGAGAUGUACGUUCCCAGCAGCCGGCGCGCUGCAAUCCCGCCGGAGGUGGAGCGCGAGUUGAUCCGGCUGCGGGGAUGCCUGAGCGAAGUGAGUCGGUUGGAGAGCCGAAGGAAGCGGCGAGCGCAGGCGUUGAAGGAGAAGGCUCGGGGGGAUGAUAUCACGCAGGCGCUUCUGAAGGAGACUGCGCGGUUGGAGCGGGAGUUUCCCAUGCAGCCGAUCCAAGCAAGCCAAUUUGAGGAUCUGUUCGAGGAGCAGCUUCAUCUGUACGACACGGACGUGGAGAUGGUUGCGCAGGAGCAGCAUGAUCAAGAUCAGAUUGCGGCGCAGGUGCGCGAAGCCAACCGGGCGUUCACGCGGGCGCACAAGGGGGAUGCGUCGACCAAGGAGCGGGAGAAGGCGCUGCAGGAGCUGGAGAACGGGUACCUGAAGUAUAAGGAGAUCAUCUCGAACAUUGAAGUGGGACGGAAGUUCUACAACGAUCUGGCCAAGAUUGUGGCGAGGUUCCGGGAUGACUGCAAGGCGUUUGUGCACCAGCGCCGCAUGGAGGCGAGUCAACUAGAAAGUGAUAUUGCCAGUGCUGCAGCGAUGGCUUCACUGAAUAUCUCGCAACCUCACCUCCGACAGCAGCCACAGCCACCGCAGCCAGCACAACUACCGUCACCCCCAGCACCCGUUCAGCCGCCGGUUCAGAUGCAACCGUCACGUCCACCGGAAGAACCGCUGACGGCGCCGCAACCGACUCGAGCACCGGUGGCACCGCCCGCGGUUCCGACGCCUGGCAUGUGGUCGCCAGAGAUGGGGAUCCGGUUCGGGGGAGGGAACAGCCGAGGGCAGCCGGGGCAAUGGGAUCCCAGCGACGGAAUCAGAUUCGGUUGA